AUGGUGACGUUGACCGAGCUGGUCGAAACAUUGCGAGAAAUCUUCGCUAACAGUGAGGUGAAUGUCGCUGAAGUGAUGCAUCUCAUGGAAUCUUACAAGAGUAACCCGGCGAAGAUGGAAACAAUAUGCCAAUUCGACGAACAUAAGUACACUCGCAACCUUGUUGAUAUCGGCAAUGGCAAAUACAACCUAAUCAUUCUUUGUUGGGGUCCCGGUAUGGGAAUACUCCACGAUCAUCACGGAACUUGCCACAAUUGUUUCGCUGAAUUCUUGAUGGAUCACUGCUUGAGACGAAAGGCUCCACUAAAGAAAAUAGAGGAGACUCGUUUCGAUGAAAAUGGCAUAAAGCUUGGUCUUCAUCGAUUGGAAAAUCCCAAGUCAUCUCCUGACACAAGCCGCCAUUUCUCUUUACACCUCCUAUAUCCACUUAUGAAGCCUGACAAUGCAUUUGAUUGA